CUUUGUCUUACCACCCAAACCAAAGCAACAUGAAGGUCCUUUUCAUUCUAUCCGCUGUUCUUCUGGCCACGGCCCAGGCCAACGUGUUCAGUAAUAUCGGCAGCUCCCUGACCAACGUCUUCAAGACCCUUGGUGGGGCCCUCAUGCACCAACUGGACACGACUGGAGUUGAUCUUCUGAACGCUGGACUUACCGCAGGGAAGACUCUUAUAUCUCAAGGAGUUCAAGCUUUAGCUCUGAACACUGCGAAUGCCCUGGCGAAUAAGGAUGGCACUUCCACCAGAGACCUCCAGCUCCCCGCUGUACUCCAAAACGUGGAGUCCUCCCUCCACAACGUUGUUGACACUCUGAUGGGCGAGAUGAAGAACAUGUUCGGCUUCCUGGUCAAGGGUCUGAAGGGCGUCAUGGAUAAACUGUCCAAGCUGGAGAUCACCCCUGAGGAGGUCAUCAGUGAGGUCGACAAGUUUGUCAACACCCACAACCUGGUUGCUGAUAACUUCUUGAAGACCAUCAAGGACAAGGCUGAGGAGGUCAUCUCCAGCCUCAUCAAGAGCAAGAGGAACGGCUUCACAGACUUCUUCUCAGGGAUUGGACAGAGCCUGGCCAGCACCUUCCAGCCAAUGGUUGAUGGUGUCAAGUCGCUUGCCACUUCUGCUGGAACUGCUAUCAAGACCGGAGCCAGCAACCUCCUCCAAGCUGCCAAAGACUCCGUCACCCAGCUGGGACAGAAGCUCCAGCCCCACCUCCAGGCCCUAGGCACCCAGCUCGGAACCGUCGUCAUGCACGGAGCCAACGCACUCAGCGCCAUGAAGGCAGCAGGCAGUGACAUCAUGCAACAAACCCUCUCCAACAUGAAGGAGCCUCUCAACAACAUGGCCAACACCGUCGCCAAUGCUGGACAGACCGUCGUAGGACACGUUGCUGGAGCUCUCUUGGGCACCAACACCGCAACUGAUGCCCCCGCAACAAACUAGUUCUGCAAUAAACUGUUUUGUAAACCUUG